AUGAAGAGGAUGCGAGAGCCCUAUGAGAAGUCCAAGAAGGCGAAGAAAGCAAGGCUGGGAGAAUCCUCUAGGUCAAGACCUCCAGUCCCUCUGGCUGGCUCUCCAAGUCUCUCUGAACAAGUCCGCAACAACUUUAUCAGAGAUGCUGGUAUUAGACUUCAAGAGCGCUUAGCCAAAGAGGCUGAGGAACGGGCAAGGAAGGAAGCUGAAGAGAAACCACGCCAAGAGGAAGAACAGCGUAUAUGGAAAAAUAAGGAGAAGGUUGUUGCUGAUGUUGCGGCUGCUGCUGAGGCUGAGGCAAAAGCUAAAGUCGAUGCUGAAGAAGUAGCUCGUAUUGCUGAAGAAGCAGCUGCCAAAGUCAACGCUGAUGCACUGACUCGGGGGGAGCAGUCCAACUCUGGAUUCACCAGUUCAGAACACGUAACCGAAAAGAAAUAUGGUUUUGGAAAGAAAUUAUUUCUAGAAGGAAAUAAUGAGCCGCCCAAAACUGUUUUAGAAAGAAACAAUGAGAGUAAUGACAAUAAACAUUCUUAA